AGUACCGAUGUUUUCCACGAUUCGCUCAUCACGAUUGAGUAAAAAGACGUAAAAAUAGAACGGCCGUUAUUGAGUCACCUGUGUUAUUCAUCCAGUAACUUCUACUAACAGUACUCCAGUAGAAUCCACUGUGCACCUCUCUCACAAUGAGUGCUGGAAGAGGACAAGACUUUCAGGAUGACCCAAUGAGGAGUAUAGAGAGUUCAAACAGCUUCAGUCUUGAUAACGUGGAGCCAGGCUUACUGGCACACCGGACUAACCUACCAAGCACCAGCAUACGAGGAGCCACCAACGACCCUUCAGAAAUGGACAGAGCACUGGAAGCGAUGCUACUUAAAAACGACACCAUAGAGCCAUCGCUGGAGAUAACUGAACAGCCCAAGCAGAGAGAUUUGCGGUUCCGCUAUGAGUGUGAGGGACGUUCAGCAGGCAGCUUACUGGCAGACAGGUCCAAUGAUAGGAAGAUCUAUCCCACCGUCAAGGUACAUGGGUACAAGGGGAGAGUCAAGCUUGUGGUAUCACUAGUGACAAGAAACACUCCACACCAGCUUCAUCCAAAUGGUCUCGUUGGCAAACUCUGCGAGAACGGUUUGUGCUCCAAGAUUGUGGAACCGAAUGACAAGAUGGCAUUCAGUUUUCCAAAUCUUGGAAUACAGUGUGCUAAAAAGAAAGACAUUCCCUCUGCCCUGGAGUCCAGGCAGAUACUCGGCGUGGAUCCCUUCGAUCAGUUCAAAGCAAUGCCAAGAGGUGGCAGCAGUCGGAGCACGACCGCCCGGGGGCAAGACUACGAGAUGAACGUUGUGUGUCUGUGCUUCCAAGCAUUCCUGCCUGAUGCCCAACACCCAGGACAGUUUACAGUACCACUUUCACCGCAGGUCUCCCAACCAAUAUUUGAUAAAAAGGGAGCAUCGUUGAAUAUAUCCCGAGUUGAUCGGAACAACGGAUCUGUCAAAGGCGGUGAUGAGAUUUUCAUUCUGUGUGACAAAGUUCAAAAAGAUGACAUUCAGGUUGUCUUCUUUCACAAUGAUUGGGAGAGCAAGGCUAUAUUUGGACCCAGUGACAUUCAUAGACAGGUUGCCAUCGUCUGCCGAACACCUAAGUACAGAGACCAACAGAUCCAACGCCCUGUCACAGUGCAAUUUAAGCUGAAAAGAGUUAGCGAUGGAGAAAUGAGUGAGCCAAUGGAGUUCAUCUACAAACCAAUCGAUGAAGAUGCUGACGGGGUGGAAGCUAAAAGAAGGAAAAAGUCGCCACAUUUUACAAGAUUCUUUGGAGAGCCUACACAAAUAAAGCGAGAACCUGGUGAUCAAGUUCCACUGCUUGGUGGGUGCUCCUUUACCACAACACAGCAGCAGACCAUGCCUACAAGUAUGUCUCCGGCUGUGCGUGGCAUGGGUGAGCCGAAUGUAAAACAGAAAUUACGCACUAAGAUAAACAACAAACAACCUACAGAUUCUCAUGAUAUCAGACAACCACCACGGGAAUUUGCACACGCAGGCAGAAGGGUCCAAGGGAAUGAAGCAGGUACAUCGUCAUCGACAGUCUACAGUCACAGCUCCAAUAUGACCUUUGGCACAGUGACACAGCGUGAACCGGCAGCUACAGUCACAACUGGAGCACCUUUGACCUUCAGACUACCCACCAUAACAGACACUAGCAUGGCGUUGCCGUUUCCAAAUACUCCUACGGCGAUGCUGAUCAACGAGGCAAGCCAGAUGCAAUUUCCCGCUGGUCCGAUGGACGAUAACGCGUCAAACAUGCCAGUCAAUUAUACACACUUUACCGAUCCUGAAGAGCCCAUUGCGGAACAACUUCUGCAUCUUCUCAGUGAUGAGAAUCUUGCCAAUUUGGAGUCUUCAGGUGUUAGUGCGAUGGAGCUUCUGACUAGCAUGCAGGACUUUGACCCCGCCAGUUUAGAAAUCCCAGAGGAUGAUCUGAACCAAGUGAAUCCGUUUCCAGAUAUCAGGGAACCAGCGACAGACGAGCGCACGCUUGAGAAUAUUAACGACUCGUUGUCGAUACCUUAUAGUAACAGUGUGGAGUUGGAUUAUGACCCCUCCACGUGAAAGUAAGCAUCUUUAGCUUGGGGUGGGGUAGCAUGAACAUCUAAUGUCUAAGGAUAAUUCAAACCAGUAUCGCCUCUAUUCUUUAUAAACUUUCAGAUUAAAAAAUUUGUUUUUCUGAUUGUACGAAAGAAAGAUUUUUGUAGUUUUAAUUACCAUGUAUUUAACAGCACUAUGUCAGCACCAAGGUCGGUUAAAAAAUUUGUUUGAAAAAUUUGCAAAAAUGCUACAUAACAUAAUGCAUGAUACAAUGCCACUCUUUGGAUGGUGACCACAUUUUUCAAAUUUGUCACAAAAUUCAGGGAAGGACCCUUGGCUUCUGUGAUCAAUCUGUAAAGGAAAAUAUGCUGCUCAGAAUUUAUUAUCAAAAGAAAUGUCAGUUUGGUGGACAUCUUUUUUUUCUGAUGAGAAGUAAUUGUUUGUGCAUGGCAAUUGAUUAGGUUCAAAAAAAUAAAAAUUGUACAGUAGAUCUCAUUUCAGUUUUACUGAGAUGGUACAAAGUAUGUUGCAUUUUACAAAAGUUAUGGUUUGAAUGUGAUAUUUAUGAGACUUGUUCCCUAUAAAGUUAUUGACAGUGUCUCUUAGACAUGUUUUCUUGGAGUAUUGCAAAUGUUUUUUAACAACGUUUGGUUGUUUCACAUGGAGAUGUAUCAUCAAUUACCAAAUAAAUUGAACCAAACUAAAAUAGUGGGAAGGGGGUAGCAACUGGUAACAAAUAUGUUUGGGUCAUGCUACUGUCAUUGGCUUUUGAGUGUUUAACCCUCAGUUGAACAUUUUUAGUCUUAGCAGAGGUACUUAGCAGAGACAAAAUAACCUUGGUACUUUUUUUGUAAGGGAUGGCAAUUUAAUUGAGGUGCUUACAUGUACAGUGUGUGAACAAAAAAAAUUCAUAGAGCUGUUUAUAUGUAAGCUCUGAAAGUAGCUUAGCACAACCAAGUUAUGCUAAACAGAAUACGAGUACCAGCCAAACUACCAUGUCACAUGUACAAUCUGUGGCUUGUAUCCUGCUCAUAUCUGCUAAGCAGAAAUUUGUUAAGCAAUAAUUUGUGCUUAUAAAGCAGCUCUAUGAAAUUGGGUUCUGUAGGCUAGGCAUGUUUCUGUUGUUUUGUUAUGUGAAGAGCCUGUCAAUGAUAAUAGUUUAACAAGAAACAAUGAGAUUGUUAAUUAUGUAAAUUGUGUAUUGUGCAUAACUGUAAAUACAGUACCCUAUUUUAUAUUGAAACAUUGCCUUGUUGAAAAAAAAUACUAAAAUGUUAAACUAUUAAGUUCGAGUCACACUGCAGCGAUAACGAUCACGUCGCAAAGAGAACGCAUUCAAUUGGUUGAAUGAGCGUGUAUGCAUUCUGUGUGGAGCAAUUCAAUCAAUAGAGUGCAUUCUCUUUGCGUCGUGAUCGUUAUCGUAUCGUUAUCGCUGAAGUGUGACUCGGCCUUUACUUGUUGAUUGAUUUUAAAAGUCAAUGAUUGUUAUUAUUUUAUUGAUUAUAAAAGUAAGUAUGUAAGAUAGUUUUCAACAGACGAAAUGCUAGAAAAUGACAAGUACAGUUAUCACAGACAAAUAUUGGGCCACUCAAAGUGUGCAUGUUCUGUGGAAAUUCUGUAUGAAUGACUGUACUUUAAAAGUCAAUACCAAUUUCAUAACCCUUUUAUUUAGCGGAAAAAUACAGGCUUUGAAAAUCCUGCUGCUAAGCAGGAAACAGGGCACCAGGAAUAUACAAUACAAUACAUUGUAUUUUGGCUGGUAACCUGUUUUUGCUAAGCAAAGUUAUUCAGUGCUAAGGAUUUUUUUGUGAGCUUCAAACAUCUUCGUGAAAAAUUGGCCUGUAACACUGGAAAGGAGGCUCAGUUUCCUAAAACUGCUCAACAAAAAGUGAAAUCACAGACAAUAGCCAUAAAAUGGUCAAUGUGUUUCAGCUGGUAACAUUAAAAAAAAAAUCUUACUACAAAAUUGUUCUAACUGACACAGAGGUUUUAUUCCUUUAGCAGCUCUAUUAAAUACGCUAUUUGUGAGUUACAUUUGAAUACUGUAUGUUACAAUGAUUUGCUUCAGCCCUGUUCGCAUUUGACUUAAUUUGGGUAAACUAACCAAGCCAAUGGGUAACUUACCCGUUUUAAGUCUACUGCGAACAGCCCAGGAAGUU